UAAUGACGUUUUCCAACUUUCGAAUUCGUUUCAUUUUACGGUUUGUCACCAACAAUGAAACUAGUUUGUUUGCCCAAAACGUUUGUUCCCGCUAAAUCAAUUCCGUCUUUGGGUCGAUAGGGUGGUGUUUGAUGCUUCUUUAGCAAAACAUGAUUAGAACUGAGUGGAAAAAGGAGGAAUCAGAUGAACCCCGUGUCAAUGCGAAGCCUUGAUUUGGAAAACGCCCAUGCAUUAUGGAAAGCAAACUGCCGCGGCACACGGGCUAGUCGGCUACGAUCAACGUACAACCUUGCUGUGUUUGUUAUGCGUGCGCUGUUUAUAUGGACCGUGUGUGUACCGUAUGAGCACAAGCUGUUAUAAUGGCGACCGGCCGAUCGUUCAGCGUUCGCUAUCCUCCAAACCGGGCCGAUCUGGGGCUUGAUUCGGGAGAAAAUAACGGGUAUAUUCGAACCACCGUGUCUCCGAUGAACCGGGAGAGCUACAACCCUUACUGGGCUUGGUUAGGGCUGAAUGACUGGAAGAAGUACGGAAUCAACCCGCGGACUGUGUUGGCGGGAGCAGCAGCCGUCCUGGCCGUAGCGAUGUACCUCUUGCAGGAGAGCUUGCUCGCUUUGCUCCACACGCUAUGCGGUCUCUUCGCGCCGGUUUUCAGCAUCGUCUGCGCUUUCUACUGGGUGGCCCUGUACCUGAGAAAGUCCUGGACCGGCACCAAUGUCUAUGUGUUUUUCGUGGCCUGCGUCUUUGGUGAGAUCGCUGGACAGGUGGUGUUCGGCACAGACAACAUUUACCGUGCCUGGUUGGUGGGCUGCGUCCUGGGCACGGCCAGCCUGGCAAGCCUCACCUCCACCUUGCCCACGUCGCGCUCGGCGCUGCUCCUCACGUUCCUCAGUUUUGUCCGAUUCUUGAGCGGUUCCACCCUGCAUGGAUUGCGGCCCUGGUUGAGGCCCUACGUGGCCUACCUCUGCGGGAUUUUAGGAUGCAUUUUGUCCAAGUACACAGAAACGCACGUCUUCAAACAGUCCCAGGUGGUGAACCAUCUCACUUCGGAUGGCAAGAUACCGGUCAUCAGGAGACGCAGGACCUCCAGCCAGUCCAGCACGGCCAGUCUUAGCCACAAAACACGGCGGACGUCGCUUCCUGCGCUCUCGCAGAAAAAUCAAAAUGGCGAAUAUGAGGUCGAUUUGAACCACUUUUUAAGCAGUCUGGUAGAUAACAACAACAUGGUAUGCAACUCAGUGGUGGACAUGGCGGUCAUGCAGGAGGCCCACGGCCUGAUCAUGGACAUGCUGGCCGACUCCAGUCUGCCGCCCAACGUGGUCAGCGGGCUCAAGACGGUCAGCUCCCUGCUCAGCCCACCCACCAGCUACAACACGCUGCAGCGGCCCAAGAUCAGCCCACUGGUGGCGUUGAGUGAGAGCAACUACGGCGCGGCUGACAUUGACGAUUCUCCCUAUGUGGGUGAAAGGCCUUUGUCGUUACCCAAGAGAUUAAGACGUAGUUUGCCUCCAAGUCUCAUACGACGGAUGUCGUCAACAUGGACAACAACUACCUCAGCGACAGGCCUUCCAACUCUUGAGCCACAACCUCUGCGGACACGUAGUUCCUCAUUUCGCCACACCCGAGAAAACAAUAAUUCAGCCACACCCAGUCCAUCAGGAAGUCGCAGCAGUAGCCCCUCCCCAGGCUCCCAACAGACCAGCGCCAGCUCAGCCAAGGGCCGCUCCUACUCGGUCGGAACUGGUGGAAUCAGCCCCAGAGGGCGCUCUCCCAGCCCACUGCUGUCACUGGACUCGCAGAGGUCACUGCAGUCCAAGUCAUUGGCUCCGCGACAGUCGCUGGGCGGGGGCGGCCCGACAGACGACACCAGUGCAACGAGCACAUCCAGCGCUGCUGAGAGCAGCUUUUUCCCGAGUUCGGAGGGAGAGUUCACCAAUGAGGACGAGUUGGCAGUUAGCUGUCAGGAAGCUCCCUCGCUGCCCAGCCGGGCCUUGACAUAUCCCGAAGCCGACCAGCACCUAGCCCGAGAUGAAGACGGGCAUCGUGUGGAGGACACUGCAUCCGGCUUCCAAGAAGCCACUCCUGCAGAACAGUUCACGGACACUGAUGCCAAGGGGACCCGAACGAGCCCUCCCCCAGCACCCACUCAGAAAAAGCGGGGCAGUGUGACAAUAAGUGAACAUGUGACUGUUAUCGAUGAUGGAAACACAAAGUUGGUACCCACAGACGAGUGUGAUGUAGAGAUCAAUGGAACAAUCGAAGGGAACCAGAUAUUGCCCGAAGUACAUAUACAGGAAGACUCCAAUAGUCUGUCGUCAGAGGAGUUUGAUCCGACGUUACCGGAAUCUCAAGAGUACCUCCAGCGGUUAGACGAGUGGGACUUUGCCAUCUUUGAGCUGGCCCAGGCAUCCCACGGCGAGAUCCUUAGUCAGGUUGCCCACAGAGUCUUCACCGAAGCUGGCAUCUUUGAGACAUUCCGGAUACCGGUCCGAGAAUUCAUGAACUACUUUCGGGCAUUGGAGAACGGCUACCGGCAUUUACCAUAUCAUAAUCGUAUUCAUGCCGCUGAUGUGCUCCAUGCAGUGUACUACAUGUCAACUCAGCAGAUCCCAGGCUUUAGGCAAGUCAACCCGGAGGAUUUGGAUCCCCAUUCUAGAACAGGCAAAGACGACGGGGACAGUUUCACCUCCUACCACACCCCGACCGUCACGCCGCGCGCCAGCAUCUGCAAUGACUCCAGCUAUGGUAUCUUAGCCGGUAACCUGCCUGCUCUAGAGCUGAUGGCGCUGUACACGGCCGCGGCCAUGCAUGACUAUGACCACCCAGGACGAACCAAUGCCUUCCUGGUGGCAACAAGUGCUCCACAGGCUAUUCUCUACAAUGAUCGCUCCGUCUUGGAGAACCAUCACGCAGCCGCCUCCUGGAGCCUCCUCAUCUCCAAGCCAGAGUUCAACUUCCUGUCGUGUCUGGAUGACGCCGAGUUCCGUCGCUUCAGGUUCUUGGUGGUGGAGUUCAUCCUGGCCACUGAUCUCAAGAGGCAUUUUGACUUCCUCGUCGAGUUUAAUGCCAAGGUCAACGAUGUAGAUGCGUCCGGCAUCAAUUGGGCAUCGGAGGGUGACCGCUUGUUGGUCAGUCAGAUGUGUAUCAAGCUGGCGGACAUUGCAGGGCCGACCAAGACUUUUGACCUCCACUACUGCUGGACAAUGGGCAUAUCAGAGGAGUUCUAUGAACAGGGUGACGAUGAGAGGAAACUGGGUCUGCCAGUUUCCCCCUACAUGGACCGGGAGGCACCCCAGCUGGCCAAACUCCAGGAGGGUUUCAUCAACCACCUUGUGGCCCCGCUCUGCAAUGCCUACGGCUCUGCUGGCCUGCUGCCGGGCAGGUGGCUGGACGGGGAAGAAAAUGAAGAUGAGAAAUCGGAGGCCGGUGAAGAGACAGCUGUCCCUCUGCCACAGCAAGAGAUCAAGGAAGAGGGUGAUGAUAUAGAGGAGGAAGAUACAUCAAGCGAAGGGGGACCAAUGGAGUCCAAGCUGCGACUGAAGAGCGGCAAGACCAAACAGCGCAAGAUGGCCAGCAUCCUGACCAAGCACCUCAAGGAGAAUCAUGACCACUGGAUCAAGGUGCUGAAGGAGGAGGAGGACGCCAAGAGGCGGGAAGAGAAGAAGGAAGGCAAGGAGGAGGGCAGCGGGGGCGGCAUGGCACCCAUCCGGGAGGACUCGGAGGAGCGCAACUCAGAUGAGAAGGGCGAUGAGGAUGAGCCGGAAAGCAGACCAUCCCCGGACGUGGUGGAGAGGCUCAAAGAGGCAGCAACUGAACGCAGGAAGAGCCUUGACGACGCCCGGACCUCCAAAGCCAAACAACACAGGGUCAGCUCAGACGAGGAGCAAGACAGAUGAGAGUAGGUUUCUAGGGAUGGCAGACAGUUGGCCAAGCCCCCAGGAAUUCCCCUCUUUUCACUUCUUUUCGUAACAUCUUUGAUUUUGUGGAAUUUUUUUCAAUACAGAGGAUUUAGAAUCCACUCCUACAGUGCUGCAGCCAAAACAGUUCCACAGUCUAAAAUUCCACAGUUGGUGCAGGUUGUCCGUCUAAUGUGUGCUUUCCAGCCAGAAAAAAUGACAGGCAUCAUGGGAUAAGUUGAGGAAUGCAUUAGUAGACCCAUCUCCGGAACUUGUUCCCCAGCAAAGUUGUGGUGAACUGUCAAGAAAAGAAGAGGGCAGCAUAGUAGUUGGCUCAGACCCUGUAUUAUGGGACCAUUGUGCCUCAUGGUCUCAUUUUUGGGGCAGAUUGCUUUCUCAAAGUAAAAGCUUUGCGUAUCUCAGCCCCUACCUGAAAUUGAAAGGUCUUUCGCCUGAUCUUUUGCUCUAACUUUUUCUUUCUUUCUUUCUUUCUUUUUUUUUUUACUGAAAUUUCUCUCAUUUUCAUUCACAGCUGGGACCUGAAAUGUAUUGUAGUACCUGUCAGGAGUCCAAGACUUGUAUAGAAAUAUAUGAAUAAUGUAACCAUUCUUAAGAGAAGUGGUAGACAUGGAAACUUGCACUGAAUGAAUGCAAACCUUUAUUGUAUGGGCUAAAUACAUGAUAUUGUACAAAGUUUUUAUUAAAAAAAAGGUUGUCACACAGUUAUUGUUAACCAAGAACCGGGAUUUAGUCAACGCCUUGGUGCUGGUGCGAAUAUGUGAUAUUAAAACGCAGUUGAAAGUUUUAACUAGCGCUUAGCAGAUUAAACCUGAACUAGGUAGUUAGUUUAGUUCUUGUGAAGUGAACUUGCGCGCAAUAAGAUAGUGUGAUGUUGAGAUGACGAUUGUCAUUGCGUUGAGUGUGAAGACAGUCCACUCUCUGAAUUUGUUUUCGCUCGGUAGUGUGCUGGAAACCAUGUACCCUUGUGUGCUCAUGGAUGCAAUGUGCCAAGGUGACUCGUGCACAUGUAAAUCGGGCUACUACGAUGUGUAUAAAAAAAACUGUGUGUAUGUGAACAUGUAUAUAUAUCUCAUAAGUCUAAUAAAGCGGAACAUUUAUUACCAUUAUUUUUUUGAUUUGUUUUAACAGAAAGAUUGCUGCAUAUUUUAUCGGUGAAGAUAGUUUUUAUUAAGCAGGCCUUAAUUGUUCCAAGUGUAUAAUGAAAUCAGAGAGACCUAUGUGCAGCACGAAUUCACCACGAUUAAAUGUUUUAAAUUCAUAGAAAAUGUUUGGAACUGCAUGAAAGCAAUGUAGUUGAGUUGACAUUCUAUAAGUAAAAAAAUGGAUACAUAUGGGAUAAAAAUUAACCUAAAAUUAGAUUUUUUUAUUUAGUGAAGAAAAUCUACCUAAAUAUAUAGUUAUAUAUAUAGCCAAUUAUAUGAAAUAUAUCCAAGAAAUUUCAAGGUUUUGAAAAUUUCAUCGUAAUUGUUUCUUUUCUCAGCAGCUUUGUCUUUUGUAUUUGCUUAUAAAUCCAGGGUUUAACUCCCAAAUAAAAAUAUUUGCUACAAAGACAUAGAAUGAAAGUUCAGAAGUUGAAGUUCAGGGACGAAAAUAAUCACAAGAUUGUCAAUAUCUACGCCAUUUAUGUUUUCAUUGACAAAGACUUGAAAGGUAAACAUUGAAAUUCAUAUCUGAAUUCACAGUAAAUUUGUCACAUUUUACUGCAUACAAGUAAAAUUUACUUUGAAAGUAUUACAUGGCAUUCCCGCAGGUAAUUGAAAGGAACAAGUUUGGAAAAUCUGAAAUCUAUGCCUUCUCACAUUUCUGUCAUUUGCUUCAAUGUUCCACAGGUUGAAAUUUUAAUGAAACUCUCAACUCAAACAGACCAAAAACAAAAUGGAAGGAGUUUUACUACCCGGCAUAAAGCAUGUAACAGUGGACCUGUUUUUAUAUAGAGGGAUCUGCCCCCCCCCCAGUGGGCAGCUCCCUCCCAUCAGAAGUAAGCAUAACCAUAAACAUUGUCUACAAGAUUGUGGUGUGCCCCCCUGGCUGGUACUGUGGGCUCUUUCCCCCCCCCCAUGCGAGAAGCUGACAACAGGGCUUGGAGCAUCUGAGCUGAUUGAUAAUGACCCCAAAAUGCAGCCAAAACAGUAUUGGGAUACAGGGUAUAUGCAAAUUUUAUGAAAGAGCAAGAGCAUGAUGGAAGCUGACUAUGAAAUGUAUUUUUAUGUUUCUUAGCAUCAAAAUUAGUUUUCGAUAUGUGAUGUAAAAACUUUUCGUUUGCCAAUUUUGUGAUGCAGGCUACAUUGUCUCUGUACAGAAGAGGGAGAUGGGAAAGACCCAACAUCAAAUUAAACUAAAUGGGCUCUGCCAAAUGCUUUUGUGAAAUAAGUAUCCAAACUUUAAACUUUAAUUAAAACUGUAACUACAGUUACAAUUUCAACAAGGGUUGAUUGACUCACUCUCAGUGACUGGAGAUCAGUUAAACCGAGUCAGCAUAAACUAAGGGAAAUGUUGACAUACCGUAUAAAUCGGGCUAAAAGAAUCCUAGAGCUUGAAGAAACUGCACAUGAAUCGUUACAUUAACUGAGAACUGUUUGCACCAAACUUCACACAUGCCAGAUUAUGUUUUAUCAUUUUUUUAAUGAAAAAUAGAAACAGGAAAUUUUAAUUGUAGUCUUUCAUAAGUGUGGCAAUAAUUUAGUUGUAUGAUUUUUUUUUUAAAAAGGACACAAAUAAGAUUUCAAAUCAUACUUCAUGAAUUCCCAAUGGUACACUUGUAGCAAAGUAAACCAGGAGAAAUUCCAGAAGUGGUGGAUAAUGUCUUUAAUGCAACACACUGGUUCGUUCCAGCUGUGGUUUUGUGAAUAGAUCUCUUUUAAGGACUUAAGGUUGUUGAAAUUGAAGGAGAGUGUACAUCGUUAAGAUGUCAUUAAUAUUCUAUCCAUGGAAAAAAAUUUGAAUGGAAGUGAUUCAGAAAUGUUGUCUUCAUAACUAAUUUUCUUGCUUGGAGAUUACACAGAAAUCUAGAGAACUUUCAAAAAGGGAUCAUAAAGAAAACAUUCUCUCGUAAGUUUAACUUUCAAGCAACCUGUAAAAUGGGGAAAUCAGAUGGUAUCUUCCAUUCACAAGCCUUGUUUGGUUCUUGCUAUUGAAUGCAACUAUUUACUUCAAUUAUUAGAAAAUUAUUUGAAAAGAAAUUAGUGCUUUCUUUGCAUUCAUAUCUUCAUUUUAUAUUUCAUUUUUCAGUGUUUGAUUUUAGAGAAACUGUAAUUUCAGAAGUAAAGAAAAAUAGUCAUAUAGUGAUACACGUUGUUCAUCAGUUGUGUGUUCCCUGCAAGGUAAACCAAUAUUUAUUUACAAGACUGUGGAACGGUUUGCUUUAAUAAUCUCUUGAUAAAUAUUACGUAAGCCAGCUUACAAUAUUCUGUUUGCUGAGCAUGGUGUCUUGAGCAAAAUCGUUGCACGAUCUGUUUACAGUAAAUUAGUUGAACUAAUCAGAGUGUUGAAAAUUGUAUUAUUUAACCAGUUCGGAUAAAGGAUAUAUUUUAUUGUUUCUUGUAUUUUUUUGGUUCGAAAACAAGUUAUUUUUUCUCAUGUAACCUGCAGGACAGCUUUUAAUGCUAAUAUGUUUCCUAUAUUUCUCUCUCAGUGGUAAUAAUUCAACAAAGAGUGCAUGUCCUUAAUAUGGAAAGAGGUUUAUCUUUAGUAAAAGAAUAUACAUGAGAGGUUUCCUCAGAGCCUAAACAAAUUUACACGCUUAUAUACACAACAUAAACCAGUGUUUAAUUGUUUGGUGCAAUUAUACUGUGAAAAAAAACUCAAAAAAGCACAAUCCCUUAAUUGAACCAACCAAAUACAAAAUCUUUGUGUUCAUUUACGAAAAGAAAAAAAAUGAUGAACAAGUGCCCAAUCAGGUGAACAUUCAAAGUCAUCCUUGAGUGACUGGUUGAAUGAAGUUCGCUAGCAGGGACUUCAUACCAUAAAGUAUUCAAUGUAACAACAUGUACCAGCUGUUGUGCCAUGUUCUGUUCUCAAUUCAAACAUAUAAAGCCUUUAUAUUUUACUAUAUAUUUAUUAAGUUGUACAUAGGCACAACAGUUGGGGUUUCUGCAAAGUUAAUGAGGCUGUAAGCUUCCUUAGAUGCCAAAUUUAGUUUUAUGAUUUGCAGUAUGUUGGUCUUGAAUGAUGAAAGAGGCCUCUGUUUUCUGUUCCAUUGAGUUGAAGUAUGGAGUAGGUUAGACACAAAUGUUAAAUAGCUCCCAUUGAAAAGCACUUGAAUUCAUCCCAUACACAGUGAAUUGAGGACCAUUGAAAUCUAUGCUGCUUUGUGAUCCCUCCUACAGUUUUUGAGAUGGGAAGAUUAUGACCACGUAGACCCUUGCCAGAGCUUUAUUUGGAGCAUAUCUUUUAGUAAAGCGUGCACAACGAUCAGAAAGGCUGGGCAUGGUCAACUGAAGUAUAUUUGCACUUUUAGAAAGUAAUAAAGUUGAAGUCCAUUAAUGGUGGUCUAAAUGUUUCCCUGAGCUGUUGUUCCAAUUCCACUUGGUGGUAUUCAGCCAUUGGUAUUGGUUGAUACGCAUGAAUGUACGUUGUACCCAAGUAAAACUGUAGUGUGGAUAAUUUUUUCACUCUGGUUGAAAUUGCUUUCUUUUCAAGAAAGGUGUUUCAUGAAGAGAAGUUGUGCUGUGCUCAUUUUUUGGCAAGAAUUUGGCUUUGAAGUGGCAUAAAAGUCAAAGGUCAGUGUUACACAAAGCCAGUCUGUUGACAAGGGAAGUGGAAAAUCAUCCCCCCCCCCCAUCGAGAGUCAUGAGGCUGUGUUUUCCAAGCCAACUGUCCACAUAAUCUGCCUCCAUGCUGGAGUUCUCCUCGAGAUACCUCCGUUAUUUCUCCAACAUUUUGGGGCAGUUUUUUCUUCACAGUAAACUGCUGGACAUCACUGUUCUAGACUGUUGGGUGGUGUGCCGCCUCUGGCUGUUGUGCGGGCAAAUUGUACAAUUAUGAUAUACUGUAUAAAUAACCAAGUGGUUUUCUUGGUUUAUAAAUAACCAAGUGGUUUUCUUGGUUUAUAAAUAACCAAGUGGUUUUCUUGGUUUAUAAACAACCAAGUGGUUUUCUUGGAUAUUAGUUCAGCUGUCUGAAUUGUUUUGAUUCCAGACAAUGGACACCGCCUGCCAAUUAUCCUGUAGUGUCCCAUUAUGUGCAGUAAUGGUUCUUUCCAGCAAAUUUAUCCCCAUGGUUACAACAAGGUAUUAGGCGGUAUUAUACUGUAGUGGUGCAAAAGUGUACAUAGUCCUAAAUCUUGAAGAAACGUUAUAGUGGAUAUCAAUUUAACCACCACAUGCACACAAUUUUUACAAUGUAAAAACCUACUUGUUGUUUGUAUAUUAUCCUGUAAAUUUCCUCCUUAGGCUAUGGUUCAUCAGUGACUGUGAGAAACAUAUUGUAUAACGUUUACAGAGGAACAUUUCCCCUCCAUUUUCAUCAGGGGACAGCAGUGAACUACAGCAUCUUGUUGACAGUUAAAAAAAAGAAGUAACACUGUGUAUGGUACACGAUCAUCAUUUUAUGUGAUUGGUAUAUGUGCUUUAGUUUUCAACAUCAAACCCACUUUGGUUUCAUUUGCAUGACUGUGUGCUCAAUAUGAUACAACAACCAAUAAUAAAAACUGAGGCAACAGAACAGAA